AUGUGCGACAUCAAUCAAAGCUUCCCCUCCGCUCCACACCAGCUGCACAACCGCUACUCGCCCAUCCGCAACAGUGCGUCUGCCUGCCACCCCUGCCACCCCUGCCACCCCCACCGCCCUGCAACGGCUGACAAGACGCCCCCAGUCCUCUCGCCCCCGUCCGCCAUGUCUGGCCGCAAGCGAAAAGCCGACGACGACAUCGAGGACGAGCGCAUGUCCCAGUCACCGUCCAGCUCCCCCGCUCUCUCCUCGAGACCGCCGCCUCGCUCGAUGCAGAAGCGAAUGCGCUCCAACAUCUCCGGCCGCCCUCUCCCGCUACCCCGCCUUCUCGAGACGCUGUCCCCUGACGACAUGCGCAACCUCCUGCAGUCGAUAUGCCAGCGCCACCCAGACAUCGGCAACGAGGUGGUCACCACGGCGCCUCGGCCAAGCACCCAGUCUACGCUGGAGGUGCUGUCCAAGUACGAAUCCGCCUUCCAGGCCGCCUUCCCAUUCGGCGGCAGCUCGUCAUCAGACUAUGCCUACAACCGCGUACGACGUGAGCUCAUUGACCUUCUUGAGUCGAUGAAAGACUUCACACCCCACUUCCUCCCGCCGAACGAACAACAAGCCGCCACAUCGCUCGCCUUCCUCGACGGAGCCACCGACGUCAUCCACCGCCUGCCCAACUGGCACACCUACCAGCACAACCGCCACAAGCAGGAGGCUUACGAGGAGAUGGCCAAAGCCUGGGCCAUGGUCAUCCGCGAGGCUGCCAAGAAAGCCGGCGGCAUGCAGUUGCUGUACGGAGGGUGGGACCAGAAGAUUGCGAAGCACAAUGACAUCUCAGGCGGCAAGAUGCAAGAUGCAGUCAACGAAUUGCGAGGGGGCCUGGGCUGGAUGGCCACCGAGACACCCACGGCUGCGGCUGCGGCUGCGGGACAAGCCGAUGCCAUGUCUAUUCGACAGCAACUGUUGAACGGCAGCUAUGGUCUCGGUUCUUCUGCUAGCAUCGGAGCCUGGUAG